AACUACCAAUAAAUCAUGGCGACUGCUUUAGCUGUGGAAGCACCAAGAGGUGGUUUUAACUUUGAAAACUGCCAUCGAAAUGCUAUGCUGGAAGAAAAGGGACUGAAACUGCCAAAAGCAUUAAAAACUGGAACCACAAUUGCUGGAAUUGUUUUCAAGGAUGGAGUUGUUCUUGGUGCUGAUACUCGGGCUACUGAGGAUACAAUUGUCGCUGACAAGAAUUGUGCUAAAAUACACUACAUUGCAGAGAACAUAUACUGCUGUGGUGCGGGGACUGCUGCCGAUACAGAAAUGACCACACAGAUGAUAUCAUCUCAGUUGGCAUUGCAUCGCCUCAGCACUAACCGCAAACCCAGGGUUUGCACAGCCAACAGGCUUCUCAAACAGAAGCUUUACAGGUACCAUGGUUACGUCAGUGCAGCCCUUGUUCUGGGGGGUGUUGACUCCAUGGGGGCUCAUCUCUACAGUGUGUGGCCACAUGGAUCAACAGACAAACUUCCUUACGUGACAAUGGGAUCUGGGAGUCUGGCUGCGAUGGCAAUUUUUGAAGAUCAGUUUAAACCAGAUAUGCCUAGAGAUGAUGCCGUGAAGCUGGUACGAGAUGCUAUAGCUGGUGGCAUCUUCAAUGACCUGGGCUCGGGUAGCAAUAUUGACAUCUGUGUCAUUACAAAGGAUAAAGUGGAGUACCUUCGACCGUUUGACGAGGCCAAUAAGAAGGGAGUGAGGCAAAAUUCAUAUCGUUACAAAAAGGGAACUUCGGCUGUUUUGGAAACUGAAGUGAAGAAAGUUGAGUUUGAGGUGCUUGCAACCGAGGUGACACCCACCGAGAUGGAGACAGAUUGAUGACUGUUCUGUGUUAGUUGUGACAUUCCACAUCACAGUAUUGCAGCUGAGUUCUGUUGUGCAACAUCAGAUGGAACAGGAAUGGACCAUAACUAAAACUAUUUAAAAUUCAUAUAGCUACGCUGCAGAUGUUUGCUGUUGUUUAUUUACCAACAGUAAUUGUAAUUCUUCAUACAUUGGCAUAAUCACCCUACCGUAUUUGUGACAUUAGGUGUUAAAGAAACCCAAAACAUUAAAAAAAAUACGCCCUUUUCUGCAAAAAUAAAUACCCAUACAGGGAAUAUUUUGUUUUUAAAAGUUUGAUUACCAAGCUUAUCAGUUACAAAUUGAUAGGUAACUACUAUUUAAUGUUUUGGAAUUUUGUAGUGAUCUCUAAAACGCAUUAAUUUAAAGCAAUUUGUUUUUUCUGGUCAGUAUGCAUUUUUGAUAGACGUGGCAUUGAAUCAAGAACAAAAAGGGCAAGACAUACUGUAGAUAGGUAGGUAGAACUGGGCUGGGGUCAGCAAACCAAGCAGGAAAACCCGGGCUAGCUCUGGCACUCCCCAAAUUCACCAAUUGUGAAUUUUAAAAACAACUGGCAAAUUUGUUUUUCAUUUGGCGAAAGAAUUUCAUGUAUUAAUUGAUAUUUUAUUACAAAAUAACUGGGUAUCUAUAAAAUUUGGAAGUUUAAUAUAUAAUUUGGCAAACUUUUCUGCUGAUCCAGAGUUAGCCCAGAAAAUGUCCACUAGACUGGUUAAUGCGCUUCAUGGUAAACCAACUGGGCACAUCAAGAACCAGUCAAAUAGUUUUGAACGUUAGUGAAACGGCUGGCUGUACUUUAGGCUGGUUUAAUGUGCUUACCUCCAGUUAUGGUUCCAAUUUAUAUAAUUUGGACAUACUGUAUUUGGGGUGAACUUGUUUUUAAUGAUUUUUCAAAGAGCAACACCGUAAUCUGAUGUAUGCUACUAAUUUUUGUUGUUUUUGAAUGAGUUUUUCCUUUACUCUGAAUAUCAAUUAUCUAAAAUGUCGAUAAACACUGAUAUUUCUGAAUUUAAAAGUUGUAUUUUAAAUUAAUCUUACAUAUUCGUUUGUCAUAGCAGAAAAUAAUAAAGGUUUCAUUAAUUAUAUCACUGCUUUUGUCAACAUUGUUCAGCAGAUGUGGAAAUGUUUAUGCCGACUUAAAGUUGUAUUUAGAACAUCUUAGUGUUGGUAACAAAUUCACUUGUAGUGUGACCUAAAAUUGUCUUUUAUUACAGAUCAAACAUUUGCUGCUGUGAGCUUGGUAUCAUUGUCAGUCACUUCAUCCUUAAUAAUAUUCUUAUUGAAAGAAAUAAGGGAACGUGGAAUUUUAGAUAAACACAAUUCAUUACAAACGUACUUAUGUCUGUAUAGAAUACAAAGAUAUAAUGUGCCAUGUGAUUGAAUGUAACUAAUAUGGGGUUGAAUGUCAGUAAGAUGGUUAGCAGCUUGAUGCUAUGGCUGAGGAUUUUUUAUGGUUGCAGUCAAUAUUUGCUGUUACUACUUGGUGUGUUCCCUUAUUUCUUUCCAUCACUAUAUGUUCAUAUCUUUGUUCUGUUGGAGUCCAAGCAAUCUAUUAAAGGUGGUUUUCAAAUUUA